AUGGAUGUUCUUAAUGAUAUAGCACAACCUAACAAUUGUGAAGAUGAUGAGAAUGAGGUUGAUGAUGAGAUACCACCAGCAUCAGAAUGCAGAGGUACUAGCCAAUACUAUAAUGACUUAUUUGCCGAGAUGGAGUCUCCGUUAUUCCCAGGGUGUGAAAAAUACACAUCAUUGAAUUUCGUAGCUAAGUUGAUGCAUUUCAAAGUGUUGGGGAAAAUUCCUAACAAAUUUUUUGAUGGAAUCUUGGAGUUGUUAGAAGAUGCAUUCCCAUCUCCAAAUAAGAUACCAAAGUCACAUUAUGCGGCGAAGAGGUUGAUGAGGAAAUUGGGUUUGGGCUACGAGUCAAUCCAUGUUUGUAAGCAUGAUUGUGCAUUGUUUUGGAAGGAAAAUGUAGGAAAACACAAGUGUCCAAUUUGUGGGGAGGAUCGUUGGGUGGAUAAAAAUACCAAGGGGAAGAAAGUGGCCCAAAAAGUUAUGCGUUAUUUUCCAUUGACCCCUCGGUUGAUGCGAAAAUACGCGUCAAGGCACAUUUCUCAACAUAUGAGAUGGCAUCAUGAAGGGCGUGUUAAAGAAGAUGGUAUCAUGCGUCAUCCUGCAGAUGGGAAAGCAUGGAAGGAUUUUGACUGUAGCAAUCCAGCGUUUGCAAUGGAACCUAGGAAUGUGCGUCUUGGAUUGGCUGCUGAUGGAUUCAAUCCUUUUGGAAAUAUGAGUUUGUCUUAUAGCAUGUGGUCGGUUGUGUUAACAACUUACAACUUGCCACCGUGGUUAUGCAUGAAAGAGACUAACUUUAUGUUGACUUUAUUAAUUCCUGGUCCACAUUCACCUGGAAAAGAUUUUGAUGUUUUCUUAAGGCCAUUGGUUGAUGAGUUGAAGGAAUUAUGGGGGAACGGUGUUCAGACUCGAGAUGUUGUUGAUGGUAGUUUUUUUAAGCUUCGAGCAGCUUUAUUGUGGACUAUAAAUGAUUUUCCAACGAGGAGUAGUCUUUCUGGAUGGAGUGGUCAAGGUUACACUGCUUGUCCUACUUGCAAUGUAUCAACACCAUCAAUUCGUUUGCAAAAUAAGGUUGCAUUUUACGGUCACAGAUAUUUUUUACCAAUGGGACACCAAAUUAGAAAAAAGAAGAAGUUAUAUGGUUCAGUUGAGAAAAGACCACCUCCAGAGGAAUUUAGCACUGAAGCUAUUUUCACACAAAUGAAUUUUAUGCCUGAAUCUCUUCCUGGUAAGCAUGUUAGCUACGGUGGACAAAAAAGGAAACGCACAAAAAAGCAAGUUGGUUGGCGUAAAAAAAGCAUUUUCUUUGAGCUCCCAUAUUGGGCCAAUAUGAAGUUGCGACACAACCUAGACGUCAUGCAUGUUGAGAAAAAUGUAUGCGACAGCUUAGUUGGCACAAUAGUCGGGUUGGAAAAUAAGACCAAAGAUACAAUUAGCGCUAGAGUAGAUUUGGAGAAGAUGAAGAUAAGGCCAGAAUUGCAUCUGAGAAUGGUAAAUGGUCGAAUGGAAAAGCCGGCAGCGAAAUACACAUUUAUUCCUGAAAAUCGGCAUAAGUUUUGUCGAUUUUUGAAAUCAGUCAAAUUUCCAGAUGGGUUUGCAUCUAAUCUAAGGAAGAAUGUGAUUGAAAAUGACAAUAAGAUUACUGGGUUGAAAUCCCACGAUUGUCAUGUUAUAUUGCAACGUCUUUUGCCAAUUGGUGUUCAUUCAUUCCUAGAAAAACCUAUUGCCAAGACCAUUAUUGACUUGUGCACUUUCUUCAAGAUUAUUUGUGCUAGAACUCUGAUUGUUUCUGAUUUGGAGAAAGUGAAAACAUGA